GAACCCAAGGAAUCAGAGCUGGAGGCGUGUCCGUGUCCAGGUCCAGGUCCAGGUCUGGGUCCAGGUCUAUAAAAGGAGAGCAGAGCUUCGGUUCUUCCUCACUCUGACCGGCUCGUCACCAUCCUCCUCCUCUUACCUCCGACUCUCCAGGUCUCAUCCAGAUGGCGGCGCUGUGGCUUCAGUCCUUCUCCCUGCUGGUUCUGCUGGUGGUAUCGUGGCCAAGCUCUCAGGCCGUCGCCGCCCCGCAGCACCUGUGUGGAUCUCACCUGGUCGAUGCCCUUUACCUGGUCUGUGGAGACCGAGGCUUCUUCUACAACCCCAAGAGAGACGUGGACCCUCUGCUGGGUGAGAACUUCGACUCCUUUAAAGGUUUCCUUCCUUCCAAGGCGGGUGCAGCGGUGGCGGGUGGCGACAACGAGGCGGCCGAGUUCGCCUUCAAGGACCAGAUCAUGGAGAUGAUGGUGAAGCGAGGUAUCGUGGAGCAGUGCUGCCACAAACCUUGCAACAUCUUCGACCUGCAGAACUACUGCAACUGAGCCGCCGGGCUCCCUUUGGCCUAGCCUAGCUAGCUUAGCUUAGCUUAGCUUAGCUUAGCCUAGCUUAGCACAGCUGGGCUAACUGAGCCCCGCCCCCAUGCUGUCAAAUGAAGUGCAGAGAGAUGGAUGAAAUUAUUUUUCCUAGAAAAUAAAGUUUUGUGAAUUGA